AUGUCCAGUAAAGUAAAGAACCCGAGGCUUUCAAGUAGUGAUGUCGAAUAUGAACGUAUCUCUCGUGCACUUACUUCCUUAGUCAGACACUUUUUAACUGAAUCUUUGCACGACCAAAGUAAGACGGGCGGCAAGAGCUUGCUUUCGUCCAUCGAGUCGGGAACGUCGCGACAGAAACAAACUUUCGAUUAUUGCAUGAGAAUAUUGGGCAGCCGGUUAACACCCUCAAUAACGAGUGACGAGCUACAUGUAUCCGAUCUCAUAAAGAAAAAGUUAAUUCGCGAAACAAAAUCUUCUUCGAAAUCCUUACGUUUUGCAAAUUUAUUUGCUAAAUUGCAAUCUCAGUCUAUUGUAACGCGUAAAUGGGCUAUAUUGUAUUUUUUGCUAUCGGUCAGUGACCAAUCAAGUGGCAAUGAAGCCUCCAUAAUUGCGAAUCCCGCGCCAAUAGAGAAAGCGUUUUCGUUACGAGGGUUACAAGACAUACCAAAUUAUAAGGAACUCGAAAGAAUCAGAUCAACAUCUGAUGAAGCAAAUCGUUUCAUGCAAAUUGCUGCUUCCCCACCAAAGCCAUCAAUGAAGUUGUCGAAAGAGGAUCUCCCACCAAAGAUUGUUCUGAACAAGCAAUUAAUGGAGUUAGAUAAUACGAAUAAAGAAAUCUCCGAAGCUUUAUUGUUACGGGAUAUUAUAUUCAUUUUUCAAGGAAUAGAUGGACAAUUCGUCAAAUAUAAUGUCGAUGAAGCUUCAUAUAUUAUUGAUCCGAAGAUUUCCAUCAGUCGAUCUACCCGGGAUUUGUUACAUAGGCUCACGGAAUUGGGCAAGCUUUACCUACGCGUGGAUAAAUUUGUUGACAACAACGUGAAUGAUCCAUCUAUUGGACUAGUUGGACAGGCUUUUUGCUCUGCCUUACAACAUGAAUUGACAGAAUAUUAUAGAUUCAUUGCCGUUCUUGAAGCUCAAGUCAAUAAAGAAGUGAACGGUAAACAGAUGUCAACUGAUGGUAUCUCGUUGAAACGCCUAUUGGUGUGGAUACAAGAGUCCUUGUUAAAAUUACGGAUGAUGUCUGUGUUGGUGGACUGCUGCAAACAGAAGAGAGGUGGUGCCUUGGUUUCAGCGAUUUAUAAUUACACAAAUCAUGGGGAUCCGUUUAUUCAACAGUUUGUUAAUAACAUGCUUGAAAAGAUGCUUCAACGUUGGAUAUAUGAGGGUGAAUUGGAGGAUCCGUUCGAAGAAUUUUUUGUCGCCUGUAACCCUGAUGUGGAAGAAGACUUAUGGCAAUCAAAAUAUUAUAUUCGCUCCGACAUGCGACCGGCUUUCAUCAGCGAAUUGCUCGACAAAAAAAUUUUUUCUAUAGGAAAGUCACUUAAUUUCAUACGUUAUAGUUGUCACGACAAUAAUUGGGUGAUUACCAAUGCAAAAGCGGCUGGAACAGACAAACUGCUGAAGUAUGGAGACAUCAUGGCACUCGAGAGUUCUAUUGAUGCCACCUAUAAUGCCACGAGCCAACAACUUCUGAAUAUUUUAUUUGUAAAAUACAAGUUGAAGGAGCAUUUCACUGCUUUGAAGCGUUAUCUGCUACUUGGACAAGGUGAUUUUAUACAACAUCUGAUGGUUCAGCUUGGACCUGGUCUUUCAAAGCCAGCUAACACCCUCUAUCAUCACAACCUCACUGGUACUUUGGAAGCAGCUAUUCGUGCGUCUAAUGCCCAGUAUGACGAUCCAGACAUCCUUCGUCGAUUGGAUGUUAGACUUUUAGAGGUUACUUCUGGUGAUGUUGGUUGGGACGUUUUUAGCUUGGAUUACCACGUGGAUUCGCCAAUAAACACAAUCUUCACGCCACAAGCAAUGCAUCACUAUCUCAAAUUAUUUAAUUUUUUGUGGCGAUUAAAACGCGUGGAACAUGAAUUGUCAUCCGCUUGGCGCCGUAACAUGACCAGCGCGAGAAGUUUGUUUAAAGUCAAAGAGUUAAAUAAUUCGAAUAAUAGCAGAUUGGUAAUCGAAUGUUCUUGGGAUGAGCUUGUCACCGACAUUCACAAGCCCUCUGGAGAUCUGGAUUCGCUUAUAGAAGCCCAUAAUAAAUAUUUAACUAAUAUCACCACCAAAGGUUUUUUGAGUACUUCAAAUAAUCAGGAUGAACUACACAAUUUCUGUCUAAAAGAGAUGAUACGCAGAGACAAUACCAGUGUCGAACAAAAUCUAUGGAGUAUAGAUAAGUCUAAAAAUUCGGAUCCUAGGAAAAGUUUGACGGGCAUCCAAGAACAUUUGAGCGAGAUUGCUGGGCAAUUUAAAGGCGAAGUAGUAAAUCUGUUAACUUCCCUGGCUCAUCAUCAUGAUACGGACUUGAGAUUUCUCAGUGUUCGCCUCGAUUUCAAUGAAUAUUAUAAUCAUUUCAACGAGAAGAAUAGUGCCCAUAAAAAAGAACCGAAUAUUUCGGUUAAGCCGAUCCAGGUACCAGUUCCUUGUAAAGUUUUUCUCCAAAGUGCAUUAAUACAUGCUGAAGCAACGGACGCGUCGGGUUGCAAAAAACUCUUACGUAAAGAUACGCUAGUCAUUCGUGUUCUGAUAUAUGUGGGAGUGGUCAGCAAAGUUUGCAAAAUAAGAGAAGAUACGAAAAAGCAGUCAACAAUCGAAGAACGAUACUUUACACAAGACACGAAACCACCGAUCAUGAUUUUAAAUUCGAUGCGAAACCUUGUCGGAAAAUCUUUUUUGGCAAGAAAAACUGCUAAAUAUUUAUUCCUAAACGUCAGAAUUAUCGAAAAAAAACGUAUAUCACCUCUAUUGAGAAGUUUUGUUACAACUUCUUUACCUGCUAGAACUUCUCUCACGAAACAUCAAGUGGAACAAGAAGUGGAAGAGAUCGAUCGUUCUCAAUACCCUGAGCUCUUUCCCUCAGAGGAAGUAACACAAGAAUAUUAUAACGAAGAAACUCCACAUAAUGAUGCCGAUGAUGCGUGGUUUGUGGAUCCAGCUUAUGAAAAUCCGCAGGAAGAAAGUGCUACUGACUUCGUUCCUUUAUGGCAGCGGAAAGCUGCUGCCAUUGAAGACUCGUCCGCCUCGAAUCUUCUAUCAAUUUCAAAGGAUAUCUCUCAUACUGACACAGAUUUUUUGAGUAUAAUAAGAUAUCUAGAGGACGAUGGAGUGGAGAAUAUUACUUUAAUUGAUGUGAGACAAAAAUGCGACUUUGCAGAUUGGAUUAUAAUUGGAGAAGGCAAAAGCGUAAGACAUUUGGGAGGCGCGAUAGAUGGGCUGUAUCGAAUGGUGAAAGAAAAAAUUUUUUUAUCUGCUGUGACAUCUGUUUUACCAAAAACUUUAAUCCGAUUGAAUUAUUCAUCUUACCAGUUGAAAAGGGAGGUCAAGCGUUACAAUGCAGAUCAGUCAAAUUCCUCCAUCAAAAACUAUCCCAUCGUCGAAGGUCGUGAUUCAGAUGAUUGGAUGUUAAUUGACACUGGUUCAAUUUUUGUGCAUUUGUUUACACCGGAGGCAAGAAAGUAUCGAGAUAUCGAAGGUAUAUGGGAAACGAUAAGUCAACCUAUCUCAUCUAAAGAAGAACUAGACAAAAUUACUAAAGAUAUGGAAAGAGAAUUUAGACAGUUUGAUCCUAAACUAAGCAGGCGACCUCCAAACCAAGAUUGA